AAUAAUUAAUUUCAAAGAUGAACAGAUAUCUUGUUUUGUUUCUCCUGGUGCCCUGCCUAGUUGCAGCCCAAAGCCAUGAUGUAGUCACCGUCGGAAUGAAGGCUUUCUAUACCAAGAAAGCAUUGGAGCAGACUAUUAUUGACACUCCUAUGGAAUACGAAUUUGAUAAUAGUCCAAAUAAAAAAUUAUUGAUUUACUCCGGGAACGUAUCUAUUAGCUCUCCACACCCUGAUGACAUAAAAAUUUAUUUUGAUGAAGAGAAUAACACAGUUACAAUGGAGAUAGUAAAACAGAAAAUAGAAGGAGACUUUAAGCUCGCUUAUCAAAAUUUGAUUCUGAAACAAAAAUUCGAUAGUAAAGUUUCUGGAAAAAUUAAUAAAGUUAUAAUAACUCUUGGAGUGACCACUCACAAAGUUCUAUACACGAAUGCUCCUUCCUUCUACAUCAAAGAUAUUUCUCUCGACCUUAAUAAGAAAGAUUGGACAGUGGAUCUCCCAAAGAAAUGGAAUAUGAUCUUUGUAAAGCCAUUUAGACCUUUACUUAACAAAUUCGCUAUGAAAAACCUUUCUAAACUUAUUAAAGAAAGAAUAGAAGAGAGUAUUGUUCAGCAAUUUAAUGAAGAAUUCUCAAGAGUCAGUGGAAGAUUUGAUGUUAAUGAUGGCGCUUUAGUUGAUGUGGAUGUUCUUGAUAAUAUUCAACUUAAGAAUGAUAAUCUUAUUUUCCCUUAUGACGUUACCUACUACCUUUCUAAGGAAUCAGACACUACAGAUCAACAGACAGAAGAGUGUCAAUCUGAUUGUGGAGAAGAGGAGGAUUCUGAACCAGAGACAGAAGGAGAAUCAAAAGAAACUAAUGAGAAUAUCUUCGAAUUGUACUUAACAGAGCAUUGCUUUGAAGAAAACAAAUAUGUUAAGUUCUGCUUCAGUCCUUCAGAAGUUGAGCAACAUAUUGAAGAUUAUGAGAAUACUUUCACAAAGAUUCAAGAUUAUUGCUUGGAUACUCUUCCGUCAAUUUACUCUGGUGCAACAAUUGCUUAUGAAGAAGAGGAAGAAGAAGAGUAGAAAAUUCUUCAACAAAAUAAUGGCAGUAUAAAUCCUUGCCUCUAUUUAGAGCGUAUACUUGCUGAACCAAGUAUAUCAAAACAGAGGAGCUUAAGAAUUAAUUGCUAUUACCUAGUAAUCA